AUGACUCAUUUUGUUGGAGUUGACUUUAAUUCAUUAUAUCCUUCAUCAUUUUCAUCUAAUCCUCAUGAUUUCAUUCAAUAUACUGACCAUAAAAUGUAUAUGCCGGGAAGAUUGAAUGGUGUUAUCAUUUGUGAUACAGCAACAAAGAAAGCAAAAGCAUUGGGAAUAAUUAGAAAGAAAAAUACUUUAUUCGUGGCUGAAGUAAAGGGUCACAUUGAUGAAAAAUACAUUAAUGAUUACAUAAACUUUUUACCGAUAAUAAGAAACUUAGAUAUUAUCACAGAUGAAAAAACAAUUGGCAGUUUUAUGUAUAAUUACAUGAAAUCAAACAAUCUACCAGUUGACCAGAAACAGAGAAAAUUAACUCAGUUAGCAUCAACACACAACCAAUAUCAACCAUUUUCUUCUUAUUAUCUUUGGUAUCUAAUAGACAGAUUUCAUUUUAUCAUUGAUGACAUUCAAUCAAUUUUAACAUUUACGAAAAAUACUUGUUUUAAUGAAUUUGCGAACGAAUUUAUGAACGAAAGACAAAAGGCUGAAUUAGAAGGAAAUAAAGGAAAAAGUUUAUUUUGCAAGAUUUCACUUAAUGGAUCAUAUGGUUACGAUGCAAUGAAUACACAAAAUUACGCAAAGACUAAAAUAAUGAAUGCACAGAAGGCACGCGUUGCAUGUAUGUCAAAUAAGUUUAAAAACAUAAGAGAAAUAGGUGAAGAUACGUAUCAAGUGAUGCUUAAAGAUAGAUUUUAUAGAUGUGAUACAUGUUUACAAGAGGCAUUCUUCACUUUAGAUAAUGCUAAAUACUGGUAUUUGGUUUUCAUUUAUGAUUUUAUGUAUAAAUGCAUGGAUGUUAAUCGUUUUCAUUUCAUUGAAGGUGAUACUGAUUCAUCUUAUUGGGCUAUUGCUGGCGAUCCAAGUCUUCCUAACACUCAAGCAUUUCAAGCAAUU